AUGCUGAUGGCAAGAUCAACAUAUGAAGGCAUGAAACUAGCUAACGAACGAAAACGUCCAUUUGUCCUUACUCGAGCUGGGUUUGUGGGUAGCCAAAGGUAUGCUGCUAUGUGGACAAGAGAUAACGUGUCUAAUUGGCCGCAUCUUCAUAUGAGUAUCCCGAUGGUUCUUAAUCUGGGGCUUAGUGGACAGCCAAAUUCAGGGCCAGAUAUUGGUGGAUUUGUUGGAGACGCAACACCAAAGCUGUUUGGAAGGUGGAUGGGUGUGGGCGCUAUGUUUCCUUUCUGUCGUGGGCAUUCUACUAAACGUAGCGUUGAUCAUGAGCCAUGGUCUUUCGGAGAAGAGGUUGGUCCUUCAUUCACAAAUAAGUGA